AUGUUGAAUCUAAAUAUAUUUCCUGCACGAACAUUCGGAAGUAAGAUCGACCGAAUAACGGUAAAACAUCUUGGUCAAUGGUCAACUCGUCUUUAUCUUAUUCUUCUAAGUAUCAUUUUUGUCAUUUUAACUCUCUAUACAGCUAUUCAGCCACAAACAUUGACCAAAUCCUUUUCAACACCGUCAUUAAAUUUCUAUAAGAAUUUGAUGAAUGAUCAUAGUGAUGAACUUGAAUGUCCAUGUUCAUUGAUUUCAUCUCCAUAUGAUGAAUAUCUUCAAAUUCAACCGAUAUUUCACCAGAUUUGUUCAAGUGAUUUGAUUUCAAAUGAAUGGAGAUUAAAUAUUACAGCAAAUUUAAUUUCUAAUUUGUCUGCUUAUAAUCAAAGAGAUUAUCGUCUAUUUCUCUCUACUCAUUUACAAUUUUUAAAUGGAUUAUGUCAACUCUCUAUGCAAACAGUAAAUCAAUCUAUUCAACAAUCUUUAUUUUCAUUAAUGAUUACUAAACAAUUAUUAUCAGAAGAAAAUUUUAAUUUACAGAUUAAUUCAAUGAUUAAUGAAGCAAAAUCCAAUACUCCUUCAACAUUCAUUCGUCUACUUUCGUUACUUCGAGCUACAAAUCAUGGAAAUGCGAUUGUCUCAGCGUAUGGAACUAAUUAUCGAUACCUAGCUGCUGCUGAUAGUACAUUUCAGAGCAUUUUAUAUACUCAAGCAAUGCUCUAUGAUGAUAACUGUUCAUGUCAGUUAAAUUCUACUUGUAUUAUUAAUGCUUCAUUUAUCGAGAUAAAUUCGACACAACCUAUAACAAUUAAAGGUUUGAAAAUGGGUUGUACACCGAGUGAAUCAUUGUUGGCAUCAACUCUCGAAUGUUUUUAUGAUCAAUCAUGUAUUAAUCUUAUUCAAACAAUGGCAGGAUAUAAUACAAAUAUCACUCCAAUUCCUCUCAACAUAACUAAUAGUCGAUUUCUAAUGAAUAUAACUGUGAUGAAUCUUAUCAACGAUCUAUUUGUUGAAAAAUGGUCAGCAAUAAUGAAUUAUUCAUCAUAUUUUUAUAAAUGUUCACCAAUGAUCUGUUCAUAUACAUAUAUUCAACAACUGAAUUCUUUCUAUACACUAACUUAUUUACUUGGUUUAUAUGGUGGUUUAACUAUCGUUCUCAAAUGGAUCUCUCCGAAAAUUGUUUAUUUUAUUAACAAAAUUUACCAGCGUCGAAAGAAAACAACCAACUCGAUCAAACCAAUAUCUGCUAUUGAAAGUGAAACUAUCGAAAUAAUGGACGCAAAUAAUAUCAACAAUACCACUGCAUCUUCACAAUCAUUACAGACAGUACAAACACAUCCGAAAAGUUUAUUUUCGGUAUCAUCACAUUACUGGAUCUUUGGUUUAAUAGUGUUUAUAGUUGUGGUAAUAGGCAUUCUUAUUCCAUUUAUUUAUGUUUUUCAAGAAAAAAAGAACCGUUCUGCGUCAACAGGUACGAUAUCUUUAAUGAUUUUCAUCAUAGUGUAA